AUGGGCCGUUGGCUGUGCAUUACUAGGAAGGAAGAAGAAAGAAAAGAAAUGCUUGGGUGCUGGCAUGAGGGGACAGCCGCAGAGAAGAGGAAGGUGAGGAAAGGUCAGGCAAGUUGCUGGCUUCCAUGCUGCCGAAGAGACAGGAGGAAGAAGGAGAAGAAGAAGAAGAAGAAGAAGAAGAGGGGGAAGGUCAAUGAUGGAGAUGGACAAGCUAGUUACUUCAGAGUUAACAUGAGGAGAAUGAGAGGAGAGAGGGUCACGGGACAAUUGGUGAGGAUGGGUUUGCAGAGGCUGCAGGUUCGGGCAGAGGACAGAGAGAGGAAAGCUGGCCAACAGACCAAGGUAUGGUCAUGUUGCAGAGAAGAUCAGAGGGCCUCUUGUGGCGCAGGAUGUGAACACAAAGUCCUUGACUUCAUUCCAGGAUUUUCAAACACUAAGUGCAGGGACCUGCCUGAUGGUAUAGUGUUUGAAGACUUCAACUUGCCGUUUGCCCGGAUGCUUCACAGGAUGAGCAAAACUCUGCAUCGAGCGACCGCUGUAGCCGUUAACUCCUUCGAUGAAGCCGUUAACUCCUUCGAAGUUCCAAAAGUACCUAAGCAUUGGUCCCUUUAUUCUGGCUUCUCCUCCUCCCAAAAUUUUACGGAUGGAUUGAUUGAGAAAGUGAUGGAAAGGGGGAAGAUCGUGCCCUGGGCACCGCAUCUGGUCGUCCUAAGACACAGGUUGGUGGGGGUGUUUGUGACGCACUGCGGGUGGAACUCUCUGGUGGAGAGCAUCGCAGGCGGGGUCAUGUUGAUAGGAAGGCCAUUCUUGGGAGAUCAGCCGCUGAACCGUAGCACAAUGGAGGAUGAAUGGAACAUCGAGGUCGGGGUGGAAGGCGGUGUGUUCACAAAAGAAGGAACUGUGAGAGCUCUUAAGCUGAUCUUGUGCUCAGAAGGUGGGAAGAGAAUGAGAGAGAGGGUCGGUUUGUUAUAG